CAAUGCUUAGGUGCUCAGGAAUAUCCAACUUGUGACAAUAGUCCUUUAACGAUGGAAGUGCUUGUCUCCUAUAAAGGAGAUGGAUAGCAAAGAUCUUUUAUUUCAUCACCUCAUGGUAGUGGAGAACAAAGCAUUUCUUAGAGCUGCACUUAAGAAGAGAAAAUGGAGAUGGAAGAAGACUGGCAGCUACAAACGAAGGGCUAAAAGAAAGGCAGAACGGGAUCGAUUCCCACACUCAGCGGGACUGUGCUUGUGCUGGCUUAUGAUGAUCUUGUCCACAAGCAGUGGAUCAGGCUGUCAGAAUACUGCUACGCUACCGCUCAGCCCUGCACUGUAGGAGUCGGAGGUGUUGGAUCCUGCUUGGCUUCACUCGGAGUCUUCCACAAAGCUCUGUAGACCUCAGGCUGGAUCAAAGUCCCGUGUCCAUGCGCUAACUCAACAGUAUCAUGAGGUCAUGGCUGACUUCUUCUGGAGUAACUACACUAUCCCUUGGUUACUGCAACCAGUGUCUUUGUCUUCUCCCUGCUGAAAAGUACCAAAACAAUCUGGGAGACAAAAAGGUCUCCUGCUGCCAGUGAUGACCAGAAGUUUCUACAGUUUGUGAGAGGCAGUACUGGAAUAGCGGACUGCCACACUAGGAACAGCAAGUUGCUGGACAUGGAGCAGUUCCCUGUCGGAGAAGGUUGCAGUGGCAAUGAAAGAGCUAAAUCUGCGACCAGAGCCACAACCGGGGGUCUCUGUGGCCAGCGCAGGGCUCAGCCACGACCCUGCUGCUGCUCGGAUCCGUGCUUGCCAUUUCCGGGUUCUGCUCUUCCCUCCUGCGGAGGUGGUGGUGCUGCAGAGACCCCUUGGAAGGACGUGGGGCUCGGCCGCCCUGUCCCUUGGAGCCCGCAGCAUUUCAUCCUGUGGGCUUCUUCGCAGACUGCAGCUGAGAUUUUCAACGAGGGAGAUAAGAACCCUGAUGUGCUCUUUUCUUCUGAUCUGUCAGACCUUGUUUUUACUUGGUGCCAGGGUCCAUGGAGUUACUCCAGGCUAGUGUACUUGGGAGCAGAAUUUCCCUAUAAAAUGUGUAUCAGUUUUAUUCUGUCUGGAACUGGGAAACAAGUUUUCCUGUUAUUUCAACUCCCGUUUGGUUUCUGCGCUUUGAAUGAGGCGGCCGUGGAGGAGAAGCCGACUGAACAAAUGGAAAUUAAUAAAAUAUUCUCCCUGCACCUGCGGAAGAAACUACAGCUGAUUCAUAGUUUCAGCACUGCUUGUAGGGCUUCCCGUUGGUUUUGGUUCUUUAUCUAUGAAAGAUCCCAAGACAAGUGGAAGCAUUUUCCAGAGACUUCUAGCAUGAGAGGGUACCAGCCCAAGCAAGCCCCUCCUUGGACAUCUCGUCGGCACUGGGCUGGCUGCGCUGUACUCCAUGGCAGCGUGCCAGCCCGCGCUCAGCGAGGGGUGAAGGCAGGCAUUGGCUGCAAGGUCUGUGUGGCUUCUCAGCAUCUGCAUCCUCUUUUCAAAUCGUAUUUACUUGACAGCACAUCAUUUGCUUACUUAAUCAGCAGACACCAUCUUCCAGCCUUCACACAAGAGAUGAAACUAAGAAGUAUUUUUAGGACAAGGAAUGCUUCUGAAGUAGCAAUUAGAGUGUUGGGAUCAACUUCACAAAAUAAACGGGAACAUUGCAGAUUUGUCUUCAGUGCUAAUGCAGGUCUGAGAUGGACCUGUGCAAGAGGAUGCCUCAAUUUCCAUCAGAGACAUCGCUGCUUCUGUCACAUCCAUGAGGAAUGAAUUAGCCGCUGCUUAAAACAGAAAUCCGCAGUAGACAAAAUAGAAGAGGUAUGUAUAUAUACCGUAUGUAUAGAGAUAUGUACAAAAUGUAUAUAUGUGUUUAUGUUCACUUUCAUUUCUGUAUGUUAAGACUCAGAGUGAAAUCAGGCAGCAUAAGAUAGCUCUGUGGCUUCGGGACACUGGAAAACAGUUUCUUCUGGCUAUGUGGCUUGAUCCCCUGGUGUCUAAGGAGGAAUUUGGACAUUUUUCCCUGUAGUUGAGACAUCUUUAGAGCAGCAUCUUCCCACACCCCCCGCUGCCCUGCUGCUCUCACAUCCUUGCCUCAGCAGAGGCGGUUGCAGCCUCUCCAUCAGCCACCUGUAUCUGUGAGCCCCCUGCCUGCAUUCAGACUUUUGCAGAUGUGGCUGUGACGUUGCUGUAAGCUUGCAGACCCCGUUGCUCGGUGAGAAGCCGCAGGGCAGCGUGACAGGGGCAGCAUCUCCCCGGCACAGAGUGCCAAGGGGCCGCUAACCUGUAGCGUCGCAUCCCCAUGGCUGCAAUUACACAGGGAGCUGUGGCAGCAAACACAAUUAUCGCCUAACAAACCUUAAACAAAGAGCUGAUUCAUGCUCUGUUGCCCAGUUAUAACACUGUAGCGCUAAUUGAGAAUUGCAGCUAACCAGCCACCAGCACCGCGCUUUCCUUCCUGCGCCACCCUGAGCGCCAGGCGCUUGGUGGAGUCGGGGACACGUGGCUGGGUUCCCAUGCUGAGUAAUCCUUCACAAAUCAUUUGUUACCGAUGGUACAGGACUUCCUAUUGGUCAGGUAAAAUGUCGAGCUUUACCCCUUCCAACAGUUAAGAAUUAGAGAAGAAAACUGCUGUUUGGCAGCACGUCCGUACCUGCAUGUGGGUAGUAGAGAGGCCGCUGAGGGACAGCCUGGAUCAAGUGCAAAGGGAAUUACAAAAAGUUUUUUCUCUAAAAAAACCAGUGUUGUUUUCCUUAGGUGAGGGUUAGAAGUAAGAACUAGGACCUGCUGAACUCCAUGGGACACAGUAAGUGACACUUUAUGAUGGAUGGAGUCAGAAGAUUAGGUUAACUAAAGAUUUUUAUAGCAGCUAAUGGGUUCAGAGAAAUAGCUAAAGCUACUCAAAUACAUUUUGCACAGACCAUUAGGCUGCCAAGAAAACCCAUUUGCUGGCUGAAUAGCAUCAACAGUCCACGUGUUAUUCACAUUGUAUAAGUACUAUGAGAUGAAUUACAUGUAAAAUUAAUUUCACUGUUGAAGAAGGAACUGGGACAAGAAGUCACAUUUUGGUAAGUUAAUGAAAUUAAGUAAUUUCUUUUUCGUGUAUUUGUAAAUGAAAAACAAUAGACAAAUACAUUUCCUACUGUAAAUUAAAUAGUCCUUAAAAGGAGCUCACCUCUUUAAUAAAAGCAGCUUGGCUAGAUGAAAAUGGCUGGUUGGAAAGGGAGUAGGCAGGACACCGAUGAAGUGGUGUUUGCAGGAGUGCUGUAUUUUGCAUUCAAGGGUUAGAGUGGCAAGUUCCUGCUAAAGCAGGGAAGGUUAUUUCAUUUGCCUUCUGUACUUUCUACUGUUCUGUUUUAUUAUCAUAGAAUCAUAGAAUCAUUUAGGUUGGAAAAGACCUUGAAGAUCAAGUCCAACCAUUAGCGAGCACUGCCAAGGCCACCACUAACCCAUGUCCCUAAAGUCCAGCCUGCCCAGAUCGUGCUAUUAAUAGGAAUUAGUUGGUACACUUCCUCAAGAUCCUCCUGUCUUAAAAUUUCAUAAACAGACUAAAAGUUAACAUUGAGUCACUUAUCUAUGAGCUAAAUGAGUGUUUAUGCUUUUCCAUAUGUUAUUGCAGUGCAUAAAUUCGUACUUCACUAAACACUACCCACAUGUACCCCAAAGGAUUCAUUUUUUUUGUCCUUAACUAACACUUGUUCAACAGCUUGAGUCAACGUGUGAAAAAAUUAUAAAAGAAGCUGUGGUCUAAAAAAAACCCCGUUUUUUAAUGAUAAACCUUUAAUUUAUUGUUGAUUAAUCUGGGGACGAUGUAACCAGUUCUGUCUCUGCUCGCCAGAGGAGGUGUGCCUCUGAGGCAGGGUUUGGGAAGGUGCCCAUCUCUCUGGGAUGCUCGGGCUGCAGUGAGGUGCCAGCUGCCCCCCUGUGCAAUGAGGGUUUAUAGUCAAUAUGUAGGUUCAUGGGUUUGAAUUCUUACACAUCUGAGCAUCUUAAGUAAAACACAACCACAAUCCUGUUUUUUUAAUGGCCAAAAAACCCAUAAAUACACCUUUUUUUUCUGCUUAAGGAAGAUUUUUACAGUCUUUGAAGGACAACAGCAGCAUCAGGAAAGAGAAAAGAAAAGCAAACUCUUUGCUUAACAGCACCCUUGAUGCAUCUUUGUCAGCAGGGACUGAACCUGGCACUUUGGAGCUGAAACUGUCAGCACCUGCCCAAGCUGAAAAAUAAAACCUGACAGCACGGUCACAGUAAUGUGAUCCACCCCUGCAGCCCGCGGCGGAGGGCCAGUGUCACCCAGUGGGAGCAGGAUGUGUGCGUGUGUCCUUGCAGACUCUGGACCGUCCUGAAGACAGCAGUGCUGCUAAGGUCAGCUUUCCAAGCGGGUGGCGAGUGGUCUCCUCUUCCCGUUCUCUCUCAAUUACUUUAGCACGGUGAACCGGGGACCUGGUGCAAGCACUUAGCUCGACAUACUGCUGUGGCAUCACUAGAUCAGUGCACGGUGAGCAGCGUUUUUUGUCUCCCAUCAUCACCAUGUCAGAGAGAAGCAAGGCUUUGGUGUGCAGGGAGCUGGCAGGCAUCGCCUUGCUUGCCUCAUUCCCUUGCCCCAAAUCCAUACGUGACAGAGUCCCACAGUGGCCUGAAAUAAAUGAUCCGUACUUAGAAGUAAUUCCUGCUGGCUGUAAGUAAACAUUCACCAUCUUGGCUUUAAAUAAUGCUAGAGAAAAAUCACCAUCAUUAAUAUUCACUAUAUGAUUUAGCUGUCUACAGAAUGAAUAAAACAAGAGUAAUAAUCCAGGAAAAAAGGGGAUAUGCAUCAAUUUUUAUGAAUUAUUCUGAAAAGGCAGUCUUUUAUAUCGGCAUACUGUUAAACUAAGAGGGAUUGUGCAUGGAAGCAUGCAAUCCUGUAUGGUAUACACUUAAUGGUGAAGGUACAGGAAAGAGGGUGGCAGAAUGUAAGACACAUCCUGGCAUACAGAGAUGAACAGACCAAGCUGUUUUAAGUCUUAAAGCUGAUGACCAUGGCUCCCAAGAUAGGAAAAUGAUUCUCAGACCAACGUUGCACCCUUUUGUAGGCCUAUGCUUCCAUGCCACCCCAUCUAUGCCUUGAAGAAGCCUGUUGAGGCCAGAGGCAGCACCGUCUGACGUGGGCUGGCUGCACUGACUGCAUCCUUACCUGUGGUUCCUACUGUGGAGGCCCUGAGGAAGGACGGUGUUCGUACAGGAAUUCGGCAGGUUUGCAGACCAGAUUUUUGUCUCCAUGGGCAGGAGGGAGCAGCACCCACUGUCUUCCUUGGCCACGGGGCUUUGAUGUUCUCCUACAGCUACCAAGGUAGGAUUUUGGAUCCCCCUGUGAACGCCUUCCAGGAGGGUGUUGUCUGACCUGUAGUUGCCAAAGCAGAUGAGAUACUUUCCUCUGUCUUCUUUUUGCAGUUGUAAUGAUUCUUAACUACGUAACCAGGGCUCAGAUGCACCUUGUAAGUCACAGGCUUUCUUUCCCCCUAUUUUUUCGGAGCAUGCCUGGGGCAGUGCCCGCAGCUCCCACACUAGGGAGCCCCGGGGUCAGAACCAGCACUGUAAAGCUGCUGUUUGAUGAUGUAGCGGCAGUGGAGCAGGGACUUGGGACUUUGGAAGGGCUGGUACUACUGUGUUCUUACAUGACGUGAGCAGAACAGCCCCACCAUGCUCCACCUGCACACUGUUGGCAGGUUUCUGGAAUCCAACAAGAUUUUACAGGGAACAGUUGCUUCAUCUCAAAAUGGCUUAAAGUGGUUACCUGGUACCCAUGGAAAAAAGCUAAGAUCUACUCAAGAUCUGAUCAAAAUGUAAAAUAAAUUAAUAAACAGAAACAGACAAGAGACCACAGAAAACCUGGGGGUUUGUGCCGCAGUGUUUUAACACUUUCACGCCACCGUAUUGCAGAGCCUGUGCUGACUUGGCACUGAUAGAUCUGAGGGCUGGGAAGUUGCUGGCGUGGGAGGAUGGAAGCUGGUUUUCCCAAAGUCCAACUUACGCAGCCAGUUUACCCACUGAAGCCACCCCCUGCCCACGUAAAAGCUAGUCUUUACCAGUGCCGUUGGUACAGGCGUCUUUUCUGUGUGUGUGUGUGAAGGAACUGUUGGCAUUUCAGUCAGGAGAUCAGAGCCAGCCCUGCCGCAGCAUGCCCUGCCCGCAGGGAGCGCGGCCGGGGAGCCCAGCCUGCUGCCCCGGUGUCUGACUGACCGCACAGCUGAGCCAUUCCUGCCUGAGGGAUUGCAAGCAAUUUUCUUUUAUCCUUGCUGAAAAUGGCUCAUUUUUAAUCUCAUUAUAAUAUUCAUAAUAUAAUCAUAAUAUUCAUAAUAUUUAGAGUCUUCAUAAUAGAGUCUAACAAAUGUUAUACACCGGCAGUAUUGUAUGUGGAUCAUUGUCCUUUUCAGUCAUCUGCCCACAGAUGUCCGGAUCUCCAGCCUUUUCUACCACUUACCUCAUGACAUCACUAGUGUGUCUGUUUAAUUACCUGCUGCCAUUGGUCAGGUUCUUUUACACCCACAUUGCACGGUGCUGGGAACAUGCACCUACUUCCUCUCCUGAUCCUAAGAAGCAGAAUUGGGCUUUUUGUUCCAUGGAUUGCAGGGACUGCGUAUGGUGCUAAUAACGUGAUGGAGAUGGUGACAGGUGAGGUAAAGAGAGAUGUAACAGACUGAUGACUAAGUGUUCCAUCGACAAAAACGUAUUAAUAAUUGAAAAUAAAUGACCACACAUGCCUCUGCUUCCAGGGAGAGGCAUGAUGCCAGCAACGUGUCCCCUGUCUCCCUUUCCCCUGCAGCCCGACUGCCCCCUCCUCACCGUGGUAUCUCUUGGCCUGGCAGCCAUCAGCACUGCUCCUCUGGCUGCUGUUUACAUAGCUCACCUUACAUCUCAAAUUGGGACUUUUUUUCCUUGGUCCUGAUGACCAAGAGGGACUUAAAGGCAUAGGCAUGUGCUGCUCAUCGGUGUAAAAUGCAGCCUAGCUCUUCUGAGUGAGCUCCAGCAGGAGUUAGAAGGGAAAGCUGGUACUGUUCCCUGUAGGUCCAUUUUCUGUAGAGGGUCUAUUUUUGGGUUUGUACAUUAUAUGCAGCCAAGUAUACUACAGGCAUAAAAAAACUGGAGGAAAAAAAAAAAGUUGAGAUCAUUCUUAAGGAGAAAAAAAGAAAAAAAAAAAAAAGAGUACUCCUCUUGGGCUGCAAAAAAUAAUAGUUACUGAAAAUAAAACAGCUACUGAAAAUAAAUGUUUGGUACAAAUAAAAAACUUGGUGGCUGUAUGGAGAAAGCAAUCAGCAAACCGACAUCUUUGAAAAUAAAUGCACUGCUAUGCACAAGCGGUUAGCAAUGGUAGUUAAGGCAGUUUGACCCCUGCCCUGUCUGGAGUUCUUGGAUUUACUGACCAUGAUUCAGGGUAAAAUAACUUGGCUAAGUGUGAUGCUGCACUGCUGCUGCUGCCCCCCUUAUGCACGGCUCUCCACAAGGACCCAUGCAGGCACAGGGCUCGUGGCCCCGCAGGCUGUGCACCGCAGCGGAUGGGCAGCCUGCCCUGGAGCCCACCAUUUUUGCCAUAUAAUUCUUAACAAUUUGAUGACUUAGUGCCUAGGAAGCCAUCACACAGAAAGGCUUUGCCAAACUGCUGGCGGGAGUGAAGAUACUCCUCUUAGCAGGUAUUGCCGGAGAGAUGCCAGAGACCCAACACGUGUCCCUCCCAGGAAGCUGAGUGCGUCCCACGGUGAGUACUUGAGAGACCACAAAUAACAGGUUCAAAUGCAGCAACUUGCCUCCCAUAACCCUUCUUCCGUCUUUCCCUCAGUUAAUAUUAAAUAAAGCCGUGACGACUGGCAAGCUGACAGUAAAACAGGGAAUUGUAGCUGGCAGCCCCAGAUGUGGGAGGUGUAAGUUCACAUCUAUUUCCUCCAGUGUGGGCUGAAGGUGAAUAGCUGAUAGAAUCCAGCUCGUGGGUCACAGCACAAAUCUUAUGGGACUCUGGCUUUUGUAACUUUGUGCGUGCAGCCACCCUCAAUGUACUCAAAACUUGUGUUUUUGAAUUAGUUUUGGAAAAGGCCAGGGACGGUGAGGGCUGGUGGUGUAAUUCUGCCUGCAUGGGAGAGAAAGGCAAAGCAUCUGAGCUGGGUGGAAGCAGAGUCUCACCCCCUCAGCUUUUCUUAGUUUAUUAUUAAUAAUAUUAAUUAUGCCUGUAGCACAAAAAGUAAUUAUCAAAAUAUUUUCCUAAACAUCCUAUCAAAAAGACUGUUUACCAAAAAACACUCAACUGUAUUAAAGCCUUUUAAAAAAGCUCUUAGAAAUUAAUAAAUACGUUUGAUUUGUGCUUUUAUGGAUGCACAGAUUCUGUACAUGGAAGCAUUAAAGUGCAUUUAAUUAUAUAUAAAGGCAAUUAAUGUCACAAAUGAAGACUAAGCUCUGACUCAGCCUAAAUAAUUGUCAUUAUCUAUCAUAUAGCAUGCCCAGAAAGCUUAUGUCUGUGAUGAUAUUUAUGAACAAUAAACUUGGUGUUAACAUACCAAAACCAUUUGCGUAUAAUUCUGACUAAAUAGUAAAUGACAACAA